AUGUCAGAAACGGCUGCACGAUUGCAAUCCCAUAACCAAGAAAUUGUUAAAUGUCUCGAUCUGCUUCGCAGACAGCAAACGGCCCUCGAAAAACAGAUAGCUACGAAGGAAAAGGAAAGGAACACACUGUGCAGUGAAAUGGAGAAAAUGCAGCAAAUGCUGGAUAAAUUGGAAACUUCUAUGGCACAAGAUACACAGCAAUUGAACGAAUGCACCAAGCGGCUAACGGAAACUGAAAGCGGAUUCACAAAAGUUGUAGACACCUUACAAUUGCUGGUGAUGUCCGUUAAGGAUAAUCCCAAAACGGAAACAGAUUGAAUAACGCUUUGAAUACAGAUAGGUUGAGGAUAAUUGUAACAAAUAUCGGAGUUAAGC